UUUUGGGUUUCUCUUCAACUGAUCUCCUUUUCUUUCUCAAAGUCCCAAUAUCUUUACCCCUAUUUUAUAAUUGAAAAAGAAGGGAAGGGGAAGAAAUUAUAAUAUCUGACAAUUUUUAGUUUAAUUUUGUUGAAUUUGGAAAGAAAUAAAGACAAUGUCGGGGAGAAGCUCGCGUUCUAGGCGCUCGGGUGUUGGUUCGAGGAAUAUUUCUGACGAACAAAUUGCUGAUUUGAUAUCCAAACUACAACAGCUCAUUCCGGAGAUUCGCAAUGGUCGUUCCUCCUCUAGGGUAUCGGCCUCAAAGGUUCUACAAGAGACAUGCAACUAUAUAAGAAGCUUACAGAGAGAGGUGGAUGAUUUAAGCGAUCGAUUAUCACAACUGUUAGCAUCAACGGAUCCUGAAAGUGCUCAAGCUGCCAUAAUUAGAAGCUUACUUAUGUAGUAUAUUAAUCAACCGAAUUUCCCUAAGUUUAAUUACCUUCUUCUAUACUCAUAAUUUUCUCUUCACCCAACCACACCCCCCCUACUACCCAUCCAUGCAAUUAAAUUAAUAUAAACAUAUAUAAAUUGAAGUCGUAUAAUAAAAGGGACGAUAUUGUGAUCUAGACUUUACUUUAAUUAAUUACUCUCGUAGAUAAUAUAUAUGUAUAAUUGAAUUUUGUUGCUUAAUGGUGAUUAGAGAAGAAAUUAUGUGUA